AUGCUCAACUACGGCGAAGAAGCCUUCAUUAGCUGUGGUGCGACUCUUGAUCUAUCCGACGUUAUCUUUGGACAAUACCGUGCCAUUACGGCAAAGGACGACAGAUGCCUGUCUGAACUUUCAGACAAUAUCUUCACCAGAUACCUCACGCUAGUGGGUGCUGCAUAUGCGUUAAAGCGGGUAGGGAAAAAGAAUUGCGCAAUGUGUUUCUUUGGUGAUGGUGCUGCAAGCGAGGGUGAUUUCCAUGCCGCAUUGAAUUUUGCCGCCACUAUGCAAUGCCCAGUUAUCUUCUGCCGUAAUAAUAGUUUUGCAAUAUCUACACCAGCUCUUGAGCAAUAUAAAGGUGAUGGAAUAGCAAGUCGCAGCGGUAAUGACGUCUGGGCAGUGUACAACAGUGAUGAUUCAUCUGCGUAUAGAUCGAAGAAGGAAGUGGAGACAUGGAUGAGAUAUGAUAACCCAAUAACAAGUUUUCAUAGGCGGCUACAUAAUAAGGGCUGGUGGAACGAUGAAAAAGAAGCAAAGUACCGCACAGAUAUCAGGAAGGAGAUAUUAAAGUCUUUCUCCAAGGCAGAAAAAAUGCAUAAACCGUCUCUCACUGAACUCUUUAGUGAUGUAUACGAUAAGCCAACCUAA